AUGGAUAAUCAUAAGAAAAAGGCCUGUGCUGCAAUUUUGAUUGCAAUUUUGUGUAAAAAACGUACAAAAAGAAGACGCUGGGUAAAAGACUGGCUUUUAAAAAGGGAUUUCUAUACCCAUAUUAACUUAUUGACUGACAUACGGAUUUCAAAAGAGGACAAAGAUUAUGAAAACUAUUUUCGCAUGAAAGAGGCUUGUUUUGAUAAGUUACUGGUCUUGGUAACACCAUAUCUAAAAAAACAAGAUACAUGUAUGCGAAAAGCAAUAACUCCCGAAGAAAAGCUAGCAGCAACGUUGCGAUAUCUCGCUACUGGUAGAAGUAUUGAAGACAUGAAGUUUUCAGUAAUCAUGUCACCAGCUGCUAUUUCUGAAGCAAUUAUGGAUACAUGUCGGGCAAUUAUUUACGUUUUACAGGACUAUAUGAAGAUACCGUCAUCAGAAAUGGAGUGGAAAAUGAUUGCAAGAGAUUUUGGAGAAAAAUAUCAAUUUUGGAAUUGCCUCGGUGCGCUAGACGGCAAACAUGUUGCUAUUCAAAAACCACGGCUAUCGGGCUCUUUAUAUUACAAUUAUAAAGGAUAUUUCAGCAUUGUUCUCAUGGCACUUGCAAAUGCAAGGAAAGAAUUUAUAAUGAUUGAUGUUGGAGCGAAUGGCCGAGUUUCUGAUGGUGGAGUGUUAUUCUACACAAAAUUCUGGGAAUUAUAUCAACAAAGAAGCUUAUUCUUACCACAACCAGGCACAUUACCGAGUACAUCAGAUAUUUUCCCCUUUGUUUUCAUUGGGGAUGAGGCUUUUGCAUUAGGUGAAAAUCUGAUGAAGCCUUAUCCUCAAUAUGCUUGUAACAAUGAACAAAAAACAUUUAACUACAGACUCUCUCGUGCUCGUUCUGUUGUUGAAUGCGCUUUUGGGAUACUACGUACAAAAUUCGGAGUUUUCCAAAAAAACAUCAAUUUCGAACCCAGUAAAGCUGCAUUAAUAGUAGCAACAUCUUGCUACUUACAUAAUUACUUGAUUAAAACCUCUCGGAAACAAUACUUGACAUCAAGCUGGAAAGUUGAAACACAAAGCAGUGAGCAAUUAUUGGAUUUAGAGCCUACUAAUAACAGAAAUCCUUCUAGAGACGCAAAAAUGAUAAGACAAAAAUUUUGUCAUUAUUUUAAUAAUGAAGGAAAACUAUUGUAA